AUUACCCCUGUUAUCUCCCGGGAAAUGCCGGCGGCCAUAAAAGCCUCCGCGGAAGUAGAUCGUCGAGACGCCCGCCGAAAAAGACGUGGGUGCGCACUCGGCGACGGCAUGUCUUAUACUGUCUCGCGGAUAGGCUCGCUCCGGCGACAGCGGCGGCAUCCAUCUGUCAUUGGUGAGGGAUAUAAAGGUUAAGCAUGAAAUUAGCGUGGAUUUCUUGCCACUCUCGGUCGACCCCGCGCAAGUUGUGCCAGCUCCCUGGAAUUCUUGACUCUUGUUCUGCAAAGUCAAGGCGAUCGCCCUUCCACGAUGCUCUCCAGCUUCCUUGUGUUCGUUCUGGCGUUAGGCAGUGCACUCGCCCUCCCUCGAGAACGCCUGUGCCCGGCGGGGACAUUCUCAUCGAACGGACUGUUAUCAACUGGGCAAUCCAGCUGCGAACCAUGCGCUUUGGGCUCUUACCAGCCAGAGGCUGGCCAGAGAAGCUGCAUAGAGGCUGAGCCUGGCACAUACAUCAACGUCUUCGCCGCCAUUCGCGCUAUGCCCUGUCCCGCUGGCACGUAUCAAGAACAGGCUGGUCGAUCGAAGUGCAAGGCGUGCCUUUCUGGCACCUUUAACUCCAUGGAGGGCGCCCAGGCUUGCUGCCCUUGCUGCGCGGGCACCUUCUCCGGUCCCGCGUCUGCGCGCUGCGACAUGUGUCCCUCAUCACGGCCAUUCUCCAAGCCCCGUAGCAGGGAUGACGCCGAUUGCAAAGCUCUGCCACACGGCGCCGAUACCUUCAGCCCGCACGGCGUUGGCUUCGCGUAUCAUGACUGCGAUGUCAAGAUGGUGUUCGGUUCUGCGACCUGCCCGGCGACUGGAGGAGGGCAGGAGGUCGGUCUUACCUUGAACCCCCAGGUCAGGUUCAACGUCGUAUGAGCGUACAUAAAGAGGGGCAGUACAAGGGGAUGGACAUACAGAG